AUGGGUCCUCCAAAGAAAUCGUCCAAAAAGGAUAAAGCUGCAUCCGGUUCGUCCUCGUCCGGUGCGAGUGGUUUCGUGGAAAACAAGUGGAACAAAAAGCGUCGCGCAGAGGAUGAAGCGUACGCUGCACUGGCCGGCGACGACGACGAUAGUAGCAGCAGCCUCGGAGACAGUGACUUUGUGCCGGACGCGGCCACCAAAAAUGCUGAGAAGAACGACGAUGCCAUCCAGGAGGACGAGUACGGCGCGAAGGACUACCGGUCGCAGAUGGAGCUGAAACCGGACAAUACGUCGCGACCGCUGUGGGUUGCCCCGAAUGGCCACAUCUUUCUUGAGUCCUUCUCGCCGGUCUACAAACAUGCGCACGAUUUUCUGAUCGCCAUCUCGGAACCGGUCUGUCGUCCCGAACACAUCCACGAGUACAAACUGACGGCUUACAGCUUGUAUGCGGCGGUCUCCGUCGGGCUACAGACACACGACAUCGUGGAGUACAUGAAGCGAUUGAGUAAAACUACCAUUCCGGAGGGGAUCAUUGAAUUCAUACGCCUCUGCACGCUCUCGUACGGCAAGGUAAAGCUCGUGUUGAAACACAACAAAUACUUUGUCGAAAGUCCACACCCGGAGGUGUUGCAGAAGCUGCUGAAAGAUCCGGUCAUACAGUCGUGCCGCUUGCGUCGGACCGAAGACGAAAGUGAGGAUGGUUUCAUUCGGCAAACGCUCGAGAAGGGAAAGGGCAUCACGACGUUCGGGCAGACCAAGCUACCCACCAUUGGCCAGGGACCGUCGGCUACUACUGAUAUCGAUAAACCUGCGGAGGAAGCACCCGGAACGGAAGCAGCCGAUGUCGUACCGGAGGAUAUCACAAACUUCUACGAAAAGAUGGACAACGAGGAGGAGGAAGAAGAAGCAAAUCUCAACACGGUAUCGUUCGAGGUGAACCAGGAGAAGAUCGAAGUGCUGCAGAAGCGCUGUAUCGAGAUUGAGUUCCCGCUGCUCGCCGAGUACGACUUCCGUAACGAUACGAUCAAUGUGGACAUUAACAUUGACCUGAAACCGGCGGCUGUGCUGCGUCCGUAUCAGGAGAAAAGCCUGCGCAAAAUGUUUGGAAACGGAAGAGCCCGUUCUGGCGUGAUUGUGUUGCCUUGCGGUGCAGGGAAAUCCCUCGUCGGUGUUACGGCCUGCUGUACGGUGCGCAAACGAGCCCUCGUCCUGUGCAACAGCGGUGUGUCGGUCGAGCAGUGGAAGCAACAGUUUAAAAUGUGGUCCACGGCGGACGAUAGCAUGAUCUGUCGGUUCACGUCCGAAGCAAAGGAUAAACCGAUGGGUUGCGGGAUCCUCGUGACGACCUACUCGAUGAUAACGCACACACAGAAGCGCUCGUGGGAAGCGGAACAGACGAUGCGCUGGCUGCAAGAGCAAGAGUGGGGCAUUAUGGUGCUCGAUGAAGUGCACACGAUCCCGGCCAAGAUGUUCCGUCGUGUGCUCACAAUCGUGCAGUCGCACUGCAAGCUCGGCCUGACGGCGACAUUGCUGCGAGAGGACGACAAGAUUGCCGACCUCAACUUUCUGAUCGGACCGAAGCUGUAUGAAGCGAACUGGUUGGAGCUCCAGAAGCGUGGCUACAUUGCGCGGGUACAAUGUGCGGAGGUCUGGUGCCCGAUGGCACCGGAGUUCUACCGUGAAUAUCUGCUGACGAAAACGUCCAAAAAGAUGCUGCUGUAUGUGAUGAAUCCGGCCAAGUUCCGAGCGUGCCAGUAUCUCAUCCGCUACCACGAGAAGCGAGGUGAUAAGACGAUCGUGUUCAGCGAUAACGUGUUCGCGCUGAAGCAUUACGCAAUCAAGAUGAACAAGCCGUACAUCUACGGGCCGACGUCACAGAACGAACGAAUCCAGAUUUUGCAAAACUUCAAGUUCAACCCGAAGGUGAACACGAUCUUCGUGAGUAAAGUGGCCGAUACGAGCUUCGAUCUGCCGGAGGCGAACGUGUUGAUACAGAUCUCGUCGCACGGUGGUUCGCGUCGACAGGAGGCGCAGCGUUUGGGACGUAUCCUGCGAGCCAAGAAGGGUGCCAUCGCCGAGGAGUACAAUGCGUUCUUCUACACCCUCGUAUCACAGGACACGCUCGAGAUGGGUUACUCCCGAAAGCGCCAACGGUUUCUGGUAAAUCAGGGCUACAGCUACAAGGUGAUCACGCACCUCGCCGGAAUGGAGAGCGAUACGGAGCUGUUCUACAAAACACGCGACGAGCAGGGGCAACUUUUGCAGCAGGUAAUGUCGGCGACCGACAUGGACUGCGAGGACGAGCGAAUACCGGGCGAGGGAACGGGUGUCCCUCGUCUGGGCGGUUCCAAACGCACCGGUGGUCUUAGCUCGAUGGCCGGUGCAGAUGAUGCGAUCUACUAUGAAGCGCGUAGAAAGUCUGCCCAUCAGCAUCCGCUGUUUAAGAAGUUCCGCUGUUAGACGGGUCCAAGGGAAGUCCACAGGAUAUGUAAUCUAUCUGUU